GAAUAUUUUUUGUUGGCCAGUCCUCUGACGUUUUUAAUCGACUCUGCAGUUUUUCCUCUGGGUAUUUUCCUAUUUAUCCACGGGAGACUCGUGUUCAAAUUAGGAAAAGGAGACCCUGCAGCUUUAAUAGCAGAGACCUAGGGAAAGAAAGGAGUCUUCCCCGAGUUACUUUUUUGACUUCUGACGAAACGCGGCUGUAACUUGAGAGCCGAGAGAUCCCGAGGAUAUCAUUAGCCAAAAGCAAAGCUCCACAUUUACCAAUCCGGGAGGGGAAAUAGGAGCAAACGGCCCCCGAGACCCGAGGCAGACAGACUGACCGACCGACCCAAGCACCGGACUGCCGGAUUCCUGCCCUCCCUCCUGUUCUGAGCAACGCGCGGCGCUCUCCGAGGGGCCGGGGAGAGGAGGGAGCCAGGAGAGCCGGCGCCCCUGCCUGAGUCCUGAAGGAAGGGGGACCCCUCUCCGCCCCCCACGUCUGCAGAGAGUCGGGGUCACCGGGACCCCGGACGGCGGGGCUGGAGCCCCGGUCCUAGGGACGGCCAAAGGAUGCUGGGGCUGCGGGUCCUCUGGCUCAGCCUCUGCUGCCACCUGGGCCAGGCCUACUUCGACGGCCCGCUCUACCCGGAGAUGUCCAACGGGACCCUGCACCACUACUUCGUGCCGGACGGGGACUACGAGGAGAACGACGACCCGGAGAAGUGCCAGCUGCUCUUCCGUGUCAGCGACCGUCGCCGCUGCUCCCACGGGGAGGCGGGCACCCAGGCCAGCGGCCUACUGACCCUAACGUUGCGGGAAGAGUUCACCGUGCUGGGACGACAGGUGGAGGAUGCAGGGCGCGUCCUGGAGGGCAUCGGCAAGAGCAUCUCCUACGACCUGGACGGGGAGGAGAGCUACGGCAAGUACCUGCGCCGGGAGGCUAAUCAGAUCGGCGAGGCCUACUCCAACUCGGACCGAUCCCUCACCGAACUGGAAAGCAAGUUCAAGCAGGGCCAGGAGCAGGAGGGCAAGCAGGAGGGCAGGCUCAAUGACAACUUCUUAGGCAUGUUGAUCCACACAAGGGCCCUGCUCAAAGAAACCCUGGACAUGUCCGUGGGGCUGAGGGAUAAGUACGAGCUGCUCUCCUUAGCCAUCAGGAGCCAUGGGAGCCGGCUAAGCAGGCUGAAGAACGACUAUCUCAAAGUGUAGGACGGGAGAGUGGCAGGCAGGGACUGGAAGAGACCGUUGUGCGGUUGGGGAGAGGCGGGAAAGGGACAGAGAACACCUCUCUUUGGUUUUCCAGGUUUACACCUAAAAUCGAUCCCCCCUCUGAAAAGUAACUUGGAGGGAUCACCUUAAAAAAAUAAAAAAGGAAGCCCCGCUCACCCCACCAAGGUUAGCACUCCGCAUUUGAUUUAUAUGCUUGGAUCUACCCCCACUGGCUAAAAUGUGUUAUAUCAAUAAAAACCAUUUUUUCGUAAUUCCAAAUUGAGCUUCGCAACAGUACUUGGUCACUUGAUUCACCAACCCUCAGACAUUGUCAGGCUGCUCAGGAGCAAGCGAAGGCUCUACCAAUUUGGGGGUCAAGAUCAAUUAUAACCGCAGGAAAGAGCAAAACAGAUCUUUCCUGAGGUAUCUUCGACUUGUUAAAUCUAUGCGAGGGAGGUCAGUGAAAAUGUUCUCAAUCAUUUUGCGUUGUUCUACCUAAGGUAUUGUUCUACCAGUCAAUACCUGAACUCUCUGCAAUUUGCUUCUAUACAGUCUUCCUGUCUUUCUGGACCAAUAUUUAUUAGAUAUUUUUAUUAACAGCUGUAGAUCGAAUGUGAAUCUCAGGCAUAUAAGUGAAAUCCUGAAGAUGUGUUUAAGUUAAAAGUGGCAGUAUUUAAGAAAUCUGCACUACAUCGUUGUUAUAAAUGAAGCAGCUAAUCGGUUUGUUUUACCUAUCAUUUGUUGGGUGCUCUUCUCCAAAUGAAUUCCUUCACGUUAGCUUUGAGUCACUUUGCUAGCAUCAGUGCUGGUAGAGCUUGCUACAAAAAUCAAUAUUUUGGGGAUUACCCUAAUCGGGGUCCCAUUUGAUGAGAGGUGAAGAUGUCCUAUUGCAGUUUGUUUGAAUUUCUCUCUUGUUCAAGAAUGGAUGUUGCAACACUUAAUAACUCCUUAGCUAAGUUGAUUAUUCAGCCAAUAAAGAUAGCCUUUAUCAAAAAUAUAUUGCAUAAUUAAAUAAUUUAAAACUGUGA